AUGCUCCUGUCUACCGCCGCCUUCCUUCUGCUCGGCGCCUUGCAGCCAGCCCUCGCUGAAAACAACAUCUGGAGCGAGUACCCUUUUUACGAGUCACACUAUGUCACGUUUGAAAUCGAGAAUCCUGGAUGCCCGGCUCAAGACGUCUGGGCUGGUGUCUGGAACGUCAUCAACAACAAGUUCGCCGUGUCUGAAGCCAAGGCUAAGAAACAAGUGGACCUCAACAAGUACUAUGUUGGCUUUGAAAAUGCUAAGGUCGGCAUCGGCAACUUUACAGUUGGCUUUUGGUGCAACGGUCAGCAAAAACCCUUUUUGACCUCGAAGAAGACGUUUGAGAUUGCCCAGCCGGAGCCCGAACCAGAGAACAAGAUUCUCGACCACGGUCAGGCGGGCAACAACUACAUAUUCCAGAUCGAAAUCCUAGAUGGCAUGUGCGAUGGCAAAGCUAUUCGGGGGGGCAUCUGGAGGACCGAAGACGUCGAACUCCCACUUCAACAAAAGGCCGACUUUCCAAUUCUACUCGCGAAGACGUGGGCGUGGGUAGAUCUCGACGAAUUGGACAGUGCUGUAUUCAACAUCACCAAAAUCCGCAAGGACUACAUGAUCACGGGCACUUUCAAAGCGGCAUUUUUCUGCAAUGGUCGAUAUUCCCCCCUCCUGGUCUCGGAGGCGUUCGAGAUCAAGUAA